AUGGCUUUUGUGAAAACAGUCUCUGUGGAAGAUCUUUCUUGUCCUGAAAUAUUCAAGGCUCCUGUUAUCCUGUCAUGUAGUCACAGUGUCUGUAAAGAAUGUCUUCAGAAGUUCUGGGAAACCAGGAAUACUCAGGAUUGUCCUAUCUACAGGAGAAGAUCUUCAAAACUCGGCCCUCCGUGUAAUCUGGUGUUAAAAAACGUAUGCGAGUCAUUGACAGUAGAAAGUGCUUCAGGGUCUGAGGAGGUCUGCAGUCUCCACAAUGAGAAACUCAAACUCUUCUGCUUGGAUGAUGAACAGCCUGUGUGUGUUGUGUGCAGAGAUUCAGAAAAGCAUGUCAAUCACAGAUUCCGCCCCAUUAAUGAAGCUGUUCCGUCUUACAAGGAGCAGCUCAAAACAGCACUGACGUCCUUUCAAGAGAAGCUUAAACACACAGAAAAAAUUAAAAGAGAAGGUAAACUUCUCUGUUUUUAUAUUCAGACCCAGUCUGAGCACACAGAGCAGCAGAUUAAAGAGGAGUUUAAGAAGCUUCAUCAGUUUCUGCGAGAUGAAGAAGAAGCUUCAAUCACUGCACUGAGGAAAGAGGAAGAGCAGAAGAGUCAGAUGCUGAAGGAGAAGCUUGAGGAGAUGAACAGACAGAUCUCAGCUCUAUCAGACACAAUAAAAGACACAGAGGAGAAGAUGAAGGCCAGUGACGUCUCAAUUCUACAACAUUUUAAAGCCACAAUGGAAAGAGCCCAGAGUUCACAGCAGGAUCCACAGAUUCUUUCAGGAGCUUUGGUUAAUGUCACAAAUUACCUGAGAAACCUGACCUUCAGAGUCUGGAAGAAGAUGCAGGAACUUGUUCAAAACACUCCUGUGACUCUGGACCCAAACACUGCACCUUCACGUCUGAUUCUGUCUGAUGAUCUGACCAGUCUGAGACGCAGCAAGACACAGAAACUGGUUCCUGAUAACCCAGAGAGAUUUUAUAAAUAUUCCUGUGUUCUGGGUUCAGAGGGCUUUAACUCAGGAACACACUUCUGGGAUGUGGAGGUUGGAGACAAUUCAUGGUGGAUUAUUGGUCUAACCACAGAAUCAAAUAAAAGGAAGGGAGCAGAUUUCUUUAACACCAAUGUCUGGUGUGUUUGGUACAAAGAUGAUGAAUAUUUCUCACAUUCUCCAGAGAUCCCCAACAACCCCCUUUUCAGUUAG